UAUUUUUUAAGUUUUAUUUCCAGAUCCUUCUGAGUUGUACUUGAAGCCGCCAAAAUGGUUCUGGCAGAUCUUGGAAGAAAAAUAACUUCAGCAUUGCGCUCACUGAGCAAUGCCACGAUUAUCAAUGAAGAGGUUUUAAAUGCUAUGUUAAAAGAAGUAUGUACAGCAUUACUGGAAGCUGAUGUUAAUAUCAAACUUGUGAAGCAACUUAGAGAAAAUGUCAAGUCUGCAAUUGAUCUUGAAGAAAUGGCAUCUGGCCUUAACAAAAGAAAAAUGAUCCAGCAUGCAGUCUUUAAAGAACUUGUUAAGCUUGUAGAUCCUGGAGUCAAGGCAUGGACACCUACCAAAGGAAAACAGAAUAUUAUAAUGUUUGUUGGUUUGCAAGGAAGUGGUAAAACAACAACUUGUUCAAAGUUAGCAUACUUCUAUCAGAGGAAAGGCUGGAAGACUUGUUUAAUAUGUGCAGAUACAUACAGAGCAGGUGCUUUUGACCAGUUAAAGCAGAAUGCCACAAAAGCAAGAAUUCCCUUUUAUGGGAGUUAUACAGAAAUGGAUCCUGUAAUAAUUGCCUCAGAAGGUGUUGAGAAAUUUAAGAACGAAAACUUUGAAAUAAUCAUUGUUGAUACAAGUGGACGUCACAAACAAGAAGACUCUUUGUUUGAAGAGAUGUUACAAGUUGCUAAUGCCAUACAACCAGAUAACAUUGUUUAUGUGAUGGAUGCUUCCAUUGGUCAAGCUUGUGAAGCUCAAGCUAAAGCUUUCAAAGACAAAGUAGAUGUAGCUUCUGUUAUUGUUACUAAACUUGAUGGACAUGCCAAAGGAGGCGGAGCUCUUAGUGCAGUUGCUGCCACAAAGAGUCCCAUUAUCUUUAUUGGAACUGGAGAGCACAUAGAUGACUUUGAACCCUUUAAAACACAGCCUUUCAUCAGCAAACUGCUUGGUAUGGGUGAUAUUGAAGGAUUGAUAGAUAAAGUAAAUGAGUUAAAGUUGGAUGAUAACGAAGCACUGAUAGAAAAGCUAAAACAUGGUCAAUUUACAUUAAGAGAUAUGUAUGAACAAUUCCAAAACAUCAUGAAAAUGGGACCAUUCAGUCAGAUCUUGGGCAUGAUUCCUGGUUUUGGAACUGACUUUAUGAGUAAAGGUAAUGAACAGGAGUCAAUGGCAAGGCUAAAGAAACUCAUGACUAUAAUGGACAGUAUGAACGAUCAAGAACUUGAUAGUACAGAUGGUGCCAAAGUUUUCAGUAAGCAGCCAGGAAGAAUCCAAAGAGUAGCAAGAGGCUCAGGUGUUUCUACCAGAGAUGUCCAGGAGCUUUUGACCCAAUACACUAAGUUUGCACAGAUGGUGAAAAAGAUGGGAGGCAUCAAAGGGCUUUUCAAAGGUGGUGAUAUGUCCAAGAACGUAAACCCAUCUCAGCUGGCCAAACUGAAUCAGCAGAUGGCAAAGAUGAUGGAUCCAAGAGUUCUUCAUCAUAUGGGUGGCAUGGCUGGUUUGCAGUCAAUGAUGAGACAAUUUCAACAAGGUGCUGCUGGGAAUAUGAAAGGCAUGAUGGGAUUCAAUAAUAUGUAAAGAGCCUUAAUACAAAUGGACUUGGUUGACUCUUCAACUUCAGUGAAUGAAUUUGCUUUCUUCCUUUUUACAGUGAUGAGAGAGUGGUCUUUUGAAAUCUUACCCAGGCUUCUCAGUUUCUACAUCUAAUUUCUGAAAACUAUUUUUGCUUAAAUUAGUUCCUCUCCACUAAUAACUGAUGGCACAAAGAGUAAUUCAAUUUAAUAAAACAAAAUCAUGAUGUAAAAUUUUAAUAUUUAGAGACACUUUUUAAUUGUUUACAUCAAAUGGCAGCCAUUAUAUUUGUAAACAACCCUGAUCUUUGGUUAUAGUAACAUAAAAUGUCACAUAUAUACUGUAAAAUAAAAUCUAAGUGGUUAAAAACAAGG